AUGAAUUCGACUAAACCCCAAGGAAAGAAUGACACCACAUUUAACACAAUUUCCAAAUUUGUAGAGGAACAAUGUCAAAAAAUAGAAGAAAGAAACAAUUCAAAAUUUGACAAGGAAGAAAUACCAUUAGAGAUCCAAGAAUUAAUUAAUCAAGAAGUGACUAAAGUAUUUAAUAAUAAAGUUAACAGAGUGACGAAAGAUAUUCUUGUUACUAGAAUAUAUGAAUUAGAAGUGGCUUGGAAGAUUCAAAAAUUGAAAGAUGUCACACGGUUUAUUGGCGACAUACCCAAAUAUUCUGUAGGGACAGAGCUAAACAAAAAAUUAGAAAAUCAGGAAUCACUGGUCAGUCGUGGUGGGGUCAGUCUAAUAAAUUUGAUGGUUGAUGUCUACAAUUUACCAGUUAUCGUUAUACGAAAUAAUGUAGAAACAACAACUGGUCUAGAAGAUAACGAACAACAACUUUUGGAAGAAUAUAAUAAUGUAAGGAAAUCACUCAUAAAGCAAUGUAAAUUGAUUGAGAUAAGUGAAGGAGAGUUAGAUGUUAUGAAGGAGGCUGCCGACAAAGUACGGUCCCUGGAAAACGUCGUAAAAGAAACUUAUGGAAGUAAUUGUGAUUUACAAGAAUAUUUGCCAAAGUUUUUUCAGAUGUUACAUGAAAGUCUUGAUGAAAUGAGAGACCUAUUAGAACAACUAAUUAAAUCUUCGAAUACAUCACCUGAAAGGAGACAAAUGAUAGAGAAGAUUCUUAGUGAGUUUAACAAUAAAUAG